CUCGUUAUUUGGAAUCGCUCAGUGCGACCUUGAGGUCCCUGCACAGAUGCUUCAGUUGGUUUCUUGAUCAUAAUAUUAUUGGAUUGGACGAAUUUUUGUGUCAUUAACAGUCAUCAGUUGGAUUCUUCCAGUGUCCUACUCCAAUAAUGUCUGAAGUAAAUAAAGAAAAUAGAGCUGAAUAUAUACGGAGAAUACUUUUCUCCCAACUUCCUGAAAGACGUAAUGCUUUUGAUGUUGACUUGCUUCUUAGUGAAUAUGCUGAGUUGGUUGAUAACAUGAAGAAUGGGAUUAAUAAUUACGCUGAGGGAUCACUCAGGCUCGCUGAAGGCUGUAAAAAUGAGAGCAACCACUGGCGUAGCGCGAUGACAGUCGACAUGGCCUUAAAUGCACUUGAAGGAGUUACUGUCAAACAAUCCUGUCCCUUCCAAAAUCAAUCAUUACCUAGUGACUUUGAUGUUACUAAGUUUUGUAGCGUGUUAACUGAACUGUUCGAGGAAGAAGGUUAUUCUAACCAGGUUUACGAAUCCGUUAAAAACACAAAUGUACAUUUUUCUUCUGUUGGUCAAAAACGUUCUUCAGUAGAUUUCGAAAAACAUUAUUCUUCUCCUAAAAGACAUUUAGAAAAAUCAGAAAGUACCAGCUACUACAAAAAUUCCAGUAAUAACAACCAUAACACCGAAGUAACUGAAUCUGAGUCAACCCUUUUUCAAACAGCAGGAUCCUUGCUGGAACAAAAUCUAAAAUCUAAACAAAAUGAAAAUAAUAAUAGAACAUCUUUAAUGUAUGGCUCCUCUAAACGAUCUUUAGGAAGUCGUCGAGGUGUUCGUGGUAACUUCGUCCCACCAUUUGAAAAAGAUUCAGAUUCUACAUCAAAACCAACAUCAAGCUACAUUGCAGAAAACAAAUCAGAGGCAUCUAUAUGUGAUGAACGACUGAAACAAUUUGACCAAAAGAUUGUAGAUAUGAUUAUGAGUGAGAUAAUGGAUUCCAAGAGUUCAAUUACAUGGGAUGAUAUUGCUGGACUUGAAUUUUCUAAGAAAACAUUGCAGGAAAUUGUAAUACUUCCAAUGCUUAGACCGGACCUUUUCGUUGGGCUUCGUGGACCUCCAAAGGGCUUGCUUCUUUUCGGCCCUCCUGGGACAGGAAAAACUUUGAUCGGUAAAUGUAUUGCAUCACAAAGUAACUCGACAUUUUUCAGCAUCAGCGCUUCAUCUCUUACUUCAAAAUGGGUUGGUGAAGGUGAGAAAUUAGUGCGUGCAUUGUUCUCAAUUGCUCGGAUUCAUCAACCAUCUGUCAUUUUUAUUGAUGAAGUUGAUUCUCUACUUACCCAACGCUCUGAAACAGAACAUGAGUCAAGCAGACGGAUCAAAACCGAGUUCUUAGUACAGCUAGACGGAAUAACAACAAAUGACGAUGAACGCAUACUUUUCAUUGGAGCCACAAACAGGUAUAUAUAUAUUGUUUACAGUAAUAUGCUUAAGUGUUUAUGAGAUGUUCACAAUCUUAAUGACCAUUAAAUUUCAUGCACCCGUUGCUCAUGCCAAAAGAGCACAACAGUUGCAUUUAUAAAAUAAAGCACUACCAGUCACUUUAAAUCAAAGGACGUAAAUAGAAAAUAAUUACUCUGUCGUUACGUACCACUGUUCGUAAAUGUUGCAUAUGUACGUAACUAUGUUGAUGAUAAUUAUGUGAUGUUAUUUGUUUCCUUGGACUAAUAAAGCUGCUAAACACAUUCUCAGAAAGUAUAUGUAACAAGUUGUAAAUUUCCAACUCUACGGACCAAAUAUAUUUGACUGUUUAAUGGUGAAGCUUCUAAAACAGUAUCCGCUUAUACUUUUUACUGAAUUCGACAGACCUCAGGAACUUGACGAGGCCGCCCGACGGCGGUUUGUCAAGCGAUUGUAUAUCCCAUUACCUACUAGGAGCGCGCGGAAGGAAAUAGUACAAAGAUUACUGCGACAAAAUCAUCACACGCUAAAAGAGGACGACUUUUGGGACAUUGCUCAUCGUGCUGAUGGUAAGUGCUGGUUAUUUGUAUGUUACGACUUAAUGUCGAUUGACUUACUAUUAGUAAGGUUCAUCUCUAUUUUAUCCAAUAUGAUGAUCCUUUGCAAGACUGUUUGAUGAUAACACAAAUGACUAAUCGUGUUUUCCAAACAUAAAAGGUUAUUCCGGAGCAGACAUGG